AGCCGUCUUCUGUCGCGUCAAGAACAGCACUCUUGCUCUUGCUCUUUCAGUUAAGUUUGGUAGGUAGUCAAGCACUCGCAGUGUGCAAUUCCAAACACCAACAAACCAAGAGAGAGGAUGGAGAGGGAAAUGGAGGCAGCCUACGACGCCGCCGCCACCGCCGCCGUGGAAGUCGACGCCGAAGACGGCGGAGAUAGCGGUGAAGAGGCGACACAAGCGGUGGCGGGAGGCGGAGUCGAAAGUAAUAGAAAAUCGGGUCGAGACAGAGUGAAGGGGCCUUGGUCUCCGGAAGAAGACGCGAUACUUAGUCGGCUAGUGAGUAAGUUCGGCGCGAGGAAUUGGAGCUUGAUAGCCCGAGGAAUUGACGGACGAUCCGGCAAGUCUUGCCGCCUCCGAUGGUGUAAUCAGCUCGACCCUUCCGUUAAGCGCAAGCCCUUUACUGAUGAGGAGGAUCAGAUGAUAAUUGCAGCUCAUGCAUUCCACGGAAACAAAUGGGCUGCAAUUGCGAGGCUUCUACCAGGGAGGACAGAUAACGCCAUAAAAAACCAUUGGAAUUCCACACUAAGGCGCCGGUGCAUGGACCCUGACAAAAUAAAGUUAGAAUCUGGUAAUACGGUUGAAGAUGUGAGCUUAGACAAAACAAAAGCAUCAUCUGAAGAGACCUUCUCAUAUGGGGAUGUCAAUUCAUCUAAAUCUAUGGAAGGAAGAGAAGUCAGUUCUUUAGAGCAUAUGGAUUGUCAAUACGAAGACAAGGGGUCAACGGAGGGUCAGUUUAGUCAUGAAGUCAAGGAACAGCCAACUCUUUGUAGACCAGCGGCAUGCAUCAGUGCUUUUAGUGUGUAUAACCAUUCAGAUAGCCAGGAGACUGGAGUAUCAUUCCCAAGGAUAAUUCCAGUGCAAGGACCUCUGGUUCAAGUAUCAAACCUAGAUGUCAACAUCAGUAAAUUGCUUGAUGGAGUUUAUGGUGAGCGGUCAAUACCUGAUCAGUGUGGACACGGUUGCUGUUGUGCCAAUGGUAAGAAUGCUCAAAACUCUUUGUUGGGGCCAGAAUUUGUAGACUUCUCCGAGCCUCCCUCGUUUCCAAGUUUUGAAUUGGCUGCAAUCGCCACAGAUAUAAGUAACCUUGCUUGGAUUAAAAGUGGUUUGGAGAACAGCAGUGUAAGAGCAAUGGGUGAUGCAGCUGAUAGAACAGUACCCCAUGAGUCUCAAGGGCAAAUGGGGCAUUUUGAGGAGAGCAGAAUGAAUAAUCUUUUCCGUUUUGAAGAGAGAAAUGAUAGGCUAAUGGGAAUGAAGACCAAUGUGCUAUCAACCUAAGACUGGUAUAUAAAAUUUUCUACCUACAAGCCAAAGCUCGGGACUCAGGCUGAGGUGACUGCUUAACCAAGUAGGAUCAAUAUUUUGCAAGUACGAAAUUUGUUUCCCUGCCUGAGACUUGUCAUUACUCAUUACUAAAAGAGUCAUUGAGAAGGGAAAGAUUCAUAUUUUUAUGAAGAAACUAUUUACCAACCUUUGGCCUGGUUCCUGAAUGUUGUACUCAUAAUAGCUGAUGCAUAAAUGAUAGCCUGCGCUUGGAGGCAAAGUUCUGAUGUAAGAGCAUGAGGCAGGCAGAAAUUUGUUUUUCUAGUUGAUGCAGUGGUGGGAAUUCACAGUCCGUAUGUUAACGGUUGGAAGGCGUGAUGCUUCUUCUCUGCAAUCAUAGUGUUUGCUUGUACUCAUUUGGCUCAACAUUGCUUGAAGCAACUGUUUUCAACUCUACAAAGUUUUUUCCUCGUAGCUGCUGUCAGCUUGAGAAAUCUUCUUCACUGUGUCUGUCUGUUGUGUAAGCGUACCCGUAAUUCCUAUCAAUCUAUAUGCUGAAAGUAACUGUAUUACUCAACAU